UAAACUCACGCAACACUUGCAUUCCACGCACUACACACACCAUUUAUUCUCACCUGAUGCCCUAAAACACGCACCCACUAACUAACCUAACAAACACUAACCUACACUAACAAACUUAACAGAAAACACACUAAUUCAUUGAACUACGCACUGCAUCUCACUCACAGCGCACACUCAUCUCACGAAACACACGCACGCUUCAUUCACCAGCGGAAAUUCAAGGACCCUCUCACGUUCACCGGGGGCUUUAUAAAGGGGUUUUCAUAGUUUUUUAGUGGGGGGAUUUCUGAAAAAAAAAAGAAGAAAAAAAUUCUGAGAGAAGCGAGAAAAAAAGAGAAAACAAAGGAGAAGGAGAAGCAGAACUAGAAAGGAGAAAGAGAGUGGGAUCUUCCACGCAAGUCCUCUCCCCCAAUUUUCUUUUAGCUUCGAUCUUCCGCGCGUAACCACUCGGGCAUCUCCGGCGAGGCCAUUGGCGUUGACGAGGUUUGGAACCCUACCAGCGUUGUUGACAAGAACCAUCAUUAACCAGCCGCGACCACUGGCAUUCACCGCCAAACGCUCGUCGAACCUGGCUGUCGUUCUCAACGUUGGAACUCCCUCAUAGCAUGUGUUGUUUGGGCAUUCCGUGAUUCCUGCGAUACAGGGGAGGCAGAGGCCAGCGAGACAACCUCGGCGCGGUUGUGGUCUAACAUCAAACACCCAAGAACUGUUCUCUUCAAACAACGUCGAUACUGCAAAUCCUUCAACUUUGGACGCUCUCUAAUCCCCGACAUGCAAUUAGCACGAUGGCGAACCUUGUCGUCUUUGAAGACUCGCGUUAUUCCCUCACUCACGCAUUUCUCCGAGUUUCAUUCCACUCCUUGUACUUGUCAAAAUUGGAAGAACAAAUUCAGCUCUCAUAUAGGAAAUGGUCAACAUCAACCAUCAAAGAGUCAAAUCAAAUUCAUUACCCGUCAAAAGCGUGCUGAUGCAAAGAAAGCUCUGAAUAGUCUUCUUUACAAUAGUGGAUCCUCUAAAUUUUCAUUUGAGGACAAGUAUGAAGGCCUAGGUAGGCCUUCUAAUAAAGGUCAACCAAAGUCUGGUCAGCGGUCUGGUGGAAAGCCACAAAAGAAAACUAAACGAAAAAUCAGAAGAGAAAGUUUCUCUGAAGACUUUGAUGGCCAACCUGAGCAAAUAUUCCAUGCAUCAUACGGUAACAAGUGUUAUACGUGGUCUUUUAACAAUUGGAGCGGUUCUUUUGAACAUUCUACAUCGGAGGGGUUUGAAUGGAGGGAACAUUCAAAUCGGACAAACAAGUGGAAAAAUGAAAGUGAUGUUGAGCAGGAUGAUGAUGACUUAUGUUGUGUGGGAUCAAGUUCUGAUCGAACUGUUCUAGGUCUGCCUCCAACAGGUCCAUUAAAGAUUGAAGAUGUUAAAAAUGCUUUUCGUUUAUCAGCUUUAAAAUGGCAUCCUGAUAAGCAUCAAGGCACUUCCCAGGCCAUGGCUGAAGAAAAAUUCAAACUAUGUGUCGAUGCAUACAAAACAUUGUGCAAUGCUCUCUCCCCAUCAUAGAUGACCAUAUGGCUUGUUACACCUUCAAGUCAGUAAAGAAAUCCAUCACAAUUGAUCAAUGUUGCACGAUUAAAUUUUAUUCUUUUGUUUGCAAUUUUGAAUGUUACAUAAAGGCACAUUCUUACAGAAAGAAGUGAACGACUGUUCAGUCAGGGAAAUUAAUUUUUCGCUCCUACGGGGUGGUUUUUGAAAUGCUUCGUUAUAUAUUGCGAUGUGAUAAAUGCAAUGGAAUCAUUCUAUUUUUUUUUUCUUUCUUUCA